AUUAAUCGAGGUGGUAAAUUACCAAAAGAAUCCUGCAUUCCAGAUUCUUGCUUCCAGAUUAUCUCAACGAAAUGCUGCGAAGAAGAAUAUUCGGACAGGCUUACGUUUGCAGAGCUAGAAUGUUUGCUCUUGAAAGAAAAAGGUAAGCUGGAACAUAUUAUUUCUUUAGCGCCGUAUUUUACAAGUUGUUUAUCUUGAGUUUGAAGCAGUGAACUAAGAAUACAAUAAUAGGACUCUUAUACCCAAUUCCAGCCUGAGCUUUUCCUGAAAAAUUGACUUACAGAUGUUACUAUUACCACUGAUACUUUUAUACGAUGAUUUAUAUUAUGCAUUCAAAUAAAUGCCAUUGACUUGCAAUCAUGAGUUUUCAACAGGGUCAAUUGUAUGCCUGAUAUUUUACAGUGUAGAACAGGAAUAUAUUGGACAGCAGUUCUCUUGCUUUUUUUCGUGGCUUACUAAACCUUUCCUGAUGUUUUGGAAAUUUCAACCGCACGUACAACAAACGAUUUGGCAAAAUAAUGAAAAGAAUUUGGAUUUUGGAUUGUUUUCUACCAGUUUUGCUUUCUUAAAAUUAUGAAAGCGUGGGAAAACUUGCCUUUUAUUUUAAGAUGGUUAGCAAAAUUUUGACACCAUCUGAAACAAAAAUGCAGUGAAUUGAAGCAGCUAACAUUUAUAUACAGGGUGUAUCAGAAAAGGUAAUCCAGCUGAAGAGUACUCUUGUGCGCUCACUAUUGAGUGCACGGAUUUAGUUUUUUAUAUUAAUGGAGGACUAGAAAACGAGUAGCGUGCGUUUAUGGUGUGAUAAUAUUAAUGCACACGGGGAAUGUCGGGAGAAUACGAGAUGGUACAUGGGGCAUUUAAUUAAAAUUCAUGGAUUUUAGUUCCAAAUGGGAGUUACUUUCAAUAGUUUUUCACCAAAUUCCAAAAGGUGGAAAAAUGCGAUUUACAGUAGCAAUUUUUAUUCGAUUCAUAUUUGACCAUUUUGUCCUAUAAUGAUACGAAAAAGAUAUAAUUGGACAGCUAAAGUCCCGAAAUGUUUUGCAGUAUGUAUAACCCACAGUAACAUGCUGAAGUUCUAUUACCCUUUUUUUAUACACCCUGUAUGUCUUUCGCUGCUGUAGAGUAGAUCACCAACCACCAUCUUCGGCCAGGUUAUAAUAAUUGGGCUCAUUAAAAUCCACUUUUCUUUCGAUUGUUACUUAAUUCAUCAAAACGUUGCUAACUCCAGAUAUAACUAGUCUUUCAGCGCUCCUGAGGGGUUUAGGUAUACUAACACGGACUUUUCCAACUUAUAGAAAGUCUAGAAAAUGUGAAAAUGAAUCCUCCGCCAAGAAUCAAACCUUCGGAAGAAGAAUUCCGUCUUGAGGAACACGAUCCAGGGGUAAAAUACUCUAAUUUGUUCAUUAUAGCUACAUGCAAACGACAUUUCUAUUACUGCGCAUGAUUCACUAUAUUAUACUUAAAAAGAAGAAUAUACAAGUGGAUUUAUUGCAUACUAAAGAUUAACCAUUCAACUUUCCGCCUUGGUUAUCUCCCAGAAGAGCGCUUAUAUACUAAUCUUCCCAAAAUAUAUUUACCUAUCUUAUGUUCAAUUAAUAUGUUUCAAUCGUGAUAUAAAUUAGUAAGCAACAAAUGAAUAUAAUCAUUUUCUUGGUUAUUAUGAGCCAUUUAUCAUCUGGAUACGAACCAACCAUCUACAAUUCGUUAACAUAUACGGAAACUCAAAUUAGUGCGCAAACAGAUCACCUCGGUUUGGUCCCAAAUUACAUUCCACUAUAUUUUGCAUGUUCUAUAAAAAAGGUACUGUAUGUUUCACCACUUUCACCUGAUCUAAAAUGCUUGGUAGCGUACAUUCUAAAAUUCUAGAAUGCCCGAAUCAAGCGUGGCCAUGGGGGUAAUAAUCUGAAAACCUCACGCAAACAGUGUUCCCGAUUGAUAUUGAAAUAA